GCCAUUCUUUUGUGGUACAUAAAACGAGACAAAAUCAUUCGAAAUUGGUAGGUGGUUCUGUUUACAUCACUUUCAUUAUUCGAAUCGAUCAGCAUGUUGGCAAGUUAUAUUAUCCUAAUAUUUACUCCUGCAAUUUUUGGAUACAUCACCCAUAGAACUCCACCGAAAUGGCCGGAAAGAUACUACGUGGAAGGAAUACUAAGUUUGCCAUAUGCAGAACUGAACGAGCCCUUCAACGCAUGGUAUGAUGGUGUUUCUAAAAGAAGUAGAGUCGAUUUAUACGCAGGUACUACAAAAACAAUCCAGAGAGGUGAUAAAGGAUCAUAUGGCCAACAUUUCAUGAUUGCACCCAUGUCAAAUGAGGAGGUUCUAAAUCAAAUAACAUGUUUUCAACUCAAUGGGACUGCAGAUGCAGUUGUUGGCCCACAGCAUAUGCUUCCUGACAUGGCUAACUUUUCUUACAUUGGUGUUGCUGCUAAUGUUGAUGUCUGGCAACUAAAAAAUCAUGCUGGUGGAAAAUACAACACAUACACACUCUACGUCAGUAAACAAACGUAUGUUCCAGUAUAUUAUGAAAUGUAUGGCUACGAUUCAUUACUUGGGUCACAUUAUGACGAUUACAAGCUCACCUACAAAGUGUAUGCAGAGAAUUUUCCAGAUGAUGUAUUCGACACUCCAAUGGCAGGAAAAGAAUGUACUGGCUUCCCAGGUCCAGGUUACGAAGCAAGAAUUAUAGCUAAUCCUAUGCAAGAGUUUAUUUAUCCUAUAGACGAUACACAUUUACAUCCAAUGUUCAAGGACUUUACAGAGAGAUUUUCAAAAGAAUUUAACCCUGAUAAGAAGCAUGUAUUUAAACAUAAUCUUAGAUACAUUAAUUCCAUGAAUCGACGUAAACUUUCGUUCAAACUUAAAGUGAACCAUUUAGCUGAUCAUUCCCCAAGCGACUUGCGCAAAUUAAGAGGUCGAAAAACUACUGUUGGAACGAAAGGCAAAUCAAACAAUGGAAAACCGUUUGUUACAAAGCUUACUGUAAAUGAUGUCCCCACUGAGCUCAAUUGGAGAUUAUAUGGUGCUGUGACGCCGGUAAAGGAUCAGGCCGUUUGCGGUUCUUGCUGGAGUUUUGGAACUACAGGAACGAUUGAGGGGACAUUGUUUUUAAAGACUAAGCGAUUGAUUCGCCUGUCUCAACAAAACUUGAUGGACUGUUCGUGGGGAUUCGGAAAUAACGGCUGCGAUGGUGGGGAGGAAUUCCGCUCCUAUGAAUACAUGAUGAAACACGGCGGCAUUUUUACUGAAGAAAGCUACGGCCCGUAUCGUGCUAUUGACGGCUUCUGUCACAAAGGCAAAGUUGGUGCUAACAUUACCGGCUACGUAAACGUGACAUCGGGCGACUUAAAUGCAUUAAAGAUUGCCAUUGCGCAACGAGGUCCAGUAGCUGUUGGAAUUGACGCUGCCCACUUGUCACUUGUGUUUUAUUCACAUGGAGUUUAUUACGAGCCAGAAUGUGGAAAUACCCCUGAUCGGCUUGAUCACGCUGUAUUGGCUGUAGGUUAUGGAGUGCAAAACGGACAGGCUUACUGGUUGAUAAAGAACUCGUGGUCGACACAUUGGGGUAACGACGGAUAUGUGUUGAUGUCGCAAAAAGACAACAAUUGCGGCGUGGCGACAGACGCGACAUAUGUGCUGAUGGACUAAGUGUUUUGCACACAACGUGACACAGAAAGUUUUUGUAUACUAUUUUGUAUGGCUUUUAGAACGUUUUUGAAGACUCUGUACACAAUUAAUCUCCCAAUGGACAACUAUAGGCGAUUAAAAAACAGAAAAUAUUUGAUUUUUGAUUAAUAAUGUUGUAGAAAUUUAUACUAAACUUUAAAAUUGUUAAUAAAAAAUUGUAACUUUCUUUUCAUUUAAAAUAUUCUGUAUUUGCUCCA